CUCAGCCCGGCCUGCCAAAAAUGGCGGGUCAAACGGGUCGGCCUGGCGGGUCUGGCCCGUUUUGCCACCCCUAGUUCUCACACUUUUUCUUAGCUUUUCGAUUUCAAUUCUCAUCUCGCGCAAACCUCACUCAAACAUGGCGUCAGAGAAUUUAGAUGCAAAGAUAGAGCAAUUGCUGAACGUAGAGAAGCAGAUGUGGCUCGCCGGUGAAAUCGCCGGCACCAGAAAAGCUGCAAUUGACAUUUUGCAACUCUGCUUUGAAGCCGAAGCUUGGAAAACUCUAAACGAUCAGAUUGUCGUUUUAUCUAAACGACGCGGUCAGCUUAAGCAGGCUGUAACCGCUAUGGUCCAGCAGGCUGUAACCGCUAUGGUCCAGCAGGCUGUAACCGCUAUGGUCCAGCAGGCUGUAACCGCUAUGGUCCAGCAGGCUGUAACCGCUAUGGUCCAGCAGGCUGUAACCGCUAUGGUCCAGCAGGCUAUGGAAUAUAUUGAUAAGACACCGGAUAUUGAAACUCGUAUUGAACUUAUCAAAACACUGAUCAGUGUAUCUGCAGGGAAGAUAUACGUUGAAAUUGAGAGAGCACGAUUGGUCAAGAAACUUGCCAAGAUUAAGGAAGAACAGGGGCUUAUUGCUGAGGCUGCUGAUCUGAUGCAAGAAAUUGCGGUGGAAACUUUUGGUGCCAUGGCUAAAACUGAGAAGAUUGCAUUCAUUCUGGAACAAGUUCGGUUGUGCUUAGACCGUCAGGAUUAUGUCCGUGCACAAAUACUCUCAAGAAAGAUAAGUCCAAGAGUAUUCGACAUAGAUGCAUCUAAGGAAAAGAAAAAGCCCAAAGAAGGCGAUAACAUGGUUGAAGAGGCUCCUGCUGAUAUUCCGUCUCUACUGGAGUUGAAAAGGAUUUAUUACGAACUCAUGAUUAGGUAUUAUUCCCACAACAAUGAUUAUCUUGAAAUUUGCCGUUGCUAUAAAGCGAUAUAUGAGAUUCCAUAUGUUAAAGAAAACCCUGCUGAGUUUAUUCCUAUCCUGAAGAAAAUAUCUUGGUGCUUGGUUCUUGCUCCUCAUGAUCCACUGCAAUCAAGUCUUCUGAAUUCAACCUUAGAGGAUAAGAAUCUAUUUGAGAUUCCAAACUUCAAGCUUCUCUUAAAGCAACUGGUCACCAUGGAAGUCAUCCAAUGGACUGCUCUUUGGGAGACAUAUAAGACCGAGUUUGAGAACGAGAUUGUAUCUGGAAAGUUUUUAAGUGAAAAAGCCGCAGAAGAUCUAAAACAGAGAAUUAUUGAACAUAAUAUUCUUGUUGUGUCAAAAUACUACGCAAGAAUUACUUUGACGAGACUUUCCCAGCUUUUGUGUCUCAGCCUAGAGGAAGCUGAGAAGCAUCUGUCUGAUAUGGUUGUGAUAAAGGCUCUGGUGGCCAUGAUUGAUAGACCUAUGGGAAUAGUUUGUUUCCAAACAUCGAAGUACAGCAACGAUAUUCUUAAUUCAUGGGCAGCAAACUUAGAGAAGCUGCUCGAUCUUGUUGAGAAGAGCUGUCAUCAAAUACACAAGGGAACCAUGGUCCAUAAAGCAGCUUUGAAGGUUUAAAAAAGGUCUGCAUAUCGGUAAUUUUGGGUUUUUCAUUUGAACGCAUUUGUAUUAAACAGAGUUAUCUUGAUUAUAAUUUAUGAAAUUUGAUUUUAUUAAUAGGGAGAAAUAAUUUUUUUAUCAGAUUUUACUUCCUUUGUGGUUGAAUUUUGGAUUACUAGAACCUCCUUUCUUUGAGAAAUGAAGAGUUGACACAAAAAUAAGUAUUAGUAAAUAA